AUGACGACUGCAAUUUCUUGUUCCUCCUACCAGAGACAGCGCCUUCGAUCGAGGGUGCAAUUUUGGCUCAACAGUCGAAAAGACGCAAAUAGAACAGAAGCUGGAACGGCCGACUGCUCCACUGAGCGCGGCGAGAGCAGUGUGCGACUGAGCAUUGAGAACGGGAUUGGCAUGCCGGCGACGGUUGGGAAGUCCGCUGAAAAAAAUUCCCCAAUUUUCGUUCAAUUGAGGCCACAAAAUCAAUUAAUCGCCGCUGAAAUCUGCCGAAAUCCGGUGGUUUCAAAGUACAAGAUAGACGAUUCACAUAGGAACCCGGGAUCAGAGGGAUUGUACUCCGGCAAGAGCUUGAUGAGCAGCGACACCACCGUCGAGACGGCCGCCCUCAGCCACUCUUCCGCCAGCCUCAGCCUGUUCUUGUUUGAGCUUCCAGCGGGCUCGCCGAAGCAGGUAGCACUGUAG